AUGGUACAUGUUGCCAAGUAUUUAGGGGAAGUUCACUUAUUUGUGGUCCACAGUGUGGAUGAGGAGCCAGAGAUUAUUGUUCAAAGUGGGAAUGAGGAUGAUAAAGUGAAGGUGCAGGGGGAGGAUGAUGAAGUUGUUGUGCAUGUGGAGGAUGAAGAAGUGGUUGUGCAGGAUGAUGAAGUGGCUAUGGGGGAGGAUAUUGUUGAACAGAACGUUAGGGUGGAGGAGGAGGAAGUUGUUAUUGAACAACAUGGGCAGGGGGAGGAAGAAGCAGUCAUUGAAGAAUUUAGUUCAAGUGAGGAUGAUGAUGUGCAUGGUGAAGUUCCUCAUGGAGUAGUUGAUGAAGAAGAAGUGGAUGAAGGACUAGUUGAUGUUGAUGUUAAUAUUGAUGAAGGACUAGUAGAUAACAACAUAGAAGGCUCUGUGUCAGUAGAAGUUAGUGAAAAUGAAAUGAACUGUGAUUUAGACACACAUGACAGUGCACAUAGGCACAGAAACCCAAAUGACAGGGGGUUGUCUGAUGAUGAGUGGGACUCAAAAUUAUUGGACAGUCUAGAAGAAAGUGGAAGUGAGGAUGGAGUUGAUGAAAGGCAAAGUUGUGGUCCAUUUGGGACAUAUGUUAAGCAAAAAAAUAUGUCAGAAUACAAGUGGAAAGUGGGAGCAAAGUUUAGUGAUAAAAAUGAGUUUAUGGAGGCUGUUAAAAGUUAUGUCGUCCAUGCGGGGAGGAAUUUGAAGUUUGUUAAGAAUGACAAUAGAAGGGUACGAGUGAGAUGCUUGGGUGCACAAAAAAAAUGUCCAUGGAUGGCUUAUUGUGGAUAUUUAGAAGGAUGUAUAACAUGGCAAUUGAGAAAAAUAUUGGAUACCCAUACUUGCAGUAGGCAAUUCAAUAUCAAAAUGAUGAAUCCUAAGUGGUUGAGUGAAACAUUAGAUACCGCGCUACUUGAAAAUCCAAAUUUAAAGAUAAAUGAAAUACGGUCAAAAGCUUUGAGGAAAUGGAAUACAAAUGUCACAAUAUCUAAAGCUCGUAGGGCAAAAUUAAUGGCAUCAUGCAAAGUUGAAGGUUCAUUCAAAAAUCAGUUCACAAGAAUAUAUGACUAUGCACAUGAAUUAUUAAGAUGUAAUCCGGGAUCAACGAUCAAAGUUAAAGUGGAUAGUGAAAAUGGUCAGACCACAUUUCAAAGGUUCUAUGUUUGUUUGAAAGCUUGCAAGAAUAGCUUCGUCUCUUGUAGACCCUUUAUUGGUUUGGAUGGAUGUUUUCUGAAAGGAAAGUGCAAGGGGGAGUUAUUAAAAGUUGUUGGUAGAGAUCCUAAUGAACAGAUGUUACCUCUGGCAUAUGUAAUUGUGGAAGUAGAGAACAAAGAAACUUGGUCUUGGUUUUUGGAAUUGUUGAUAGAAGACCUUGGGGGCAUUGAAGUAUGUGAUGAAUGCACUUUUAUGUCUGACCAACAAAAGAAAAAAGUCAGAGGGCACACCUUGAAGACUCUAAUGUGGAAGGCUGCUACUAGUACCUACCCCCAAGCUUGGGAAAGAGAAAUGUUGAAUAUAAAAGAGGUCAAUAUAGAAGCUUACAAAUACCUAAUUGUUAUUCCCCCAAGGUAUUGGUCUAGAUCUAGAUUUACAGGUCGAGUAGUAACUGAUACACUACUAAACAACAUGAGUGAAGCUUUUAAUAGUGUUAUUGUUGAUGCUAGAGGAAAGCCCAUUGUAACCAUGCUAGAGGAAAUUAGAGUUUACAUCAUGAAAAAAUGGGCAACCAAUAGAAUCAAGAUGUUUGGUCUGGAGAAAAAAUGUUUGAAGUUAGACAUUGUGCAGUGA